UGCUGAUGUCAGGGAGCCAGUGCAGCAUUUUCAUGGUGCAGGGUGGAAACGCGCUGUGCCACUGUACCACCACCACCACCACCAUCAUCAUCUGCUGCUGCUGCCGCCUCCACACAUGCGAGCCCGCCAGGCAAGAUGAUGCCAGCUGCCAAGAUGUGGGCUUUGCUCUGCGUGUUGCUGUGCUGCCUGUCUCAGCCGGCUCUUUUCAAGAAGGCUUUCCGAUGCCCCUCAUCAUGCAGCUGCUCCAAGGAGUCGAUCAUGUGCGUCGGGUCCUCUUAUGUCCCGAGGAUCUCCCCCAACGAGAUCAAUUCUCUGAGCAUCGUGAAUGGGACUUUCUCCGAGCUCAAAGAAGCGAUGUUUGCUCACAUGCCGUCCCUCCAGCUGCUGCUUUUAAAUUCCAACUCCCUAACAACUAUAAGGGAUGAUGCGUUCACGGGCCUCUCACAUCUGGAGUACCUGUUCAUCGAGAGUAAUAAGAUAGAGACCGCCUCCAAAUAUGCCUUCAGGGGACUCCGGGACUUGACUCACUUGUCUUUGUCAAACAAUAAAAUUAACUCCUUGCCCAGGGACAUCUUCAUUGACCUGGAAUCACUAAUAGAGCUGGACCUGCGGGGCAAUGCUUUCGAGUGUGACUGCCGUGCCAAGUGGCUGAUGACGUGGCUGAAGAACACCAACGCCACGGUGUCCGAUGUCGUGUGUGCCGGACCGGAGGAAAUGAAGGACAAGCGCCUCAAUGACAUGGCCAGCCUGCACAACGAGUGCAUCUCAACGGAUUUUGUCCUCCAUCAAUCGGUGACGUCUGAAUCCCUGUCUGUUGACACAUUCAGUUAUAAGAACGAUGUCUACGUGACUAUUGCUGCUCCCAGCAUCGAGAGCUGCAUGGUUUUGCAAUGGGACCACAUAGAGAUGAAUUUCAGGACCUAUGAUAACAUCACAGGUCAGUCCAUUGUGGGUUGCAAGUCGGUUGUCAUCGAGGACCAGGUGUUUGUCAUUGUGGCUCAGCUCUUCGGAGGUUCCCACAUCUACAGGUUUGAUGAGGACCAAAGCAGGUUCAGCAAGUUCCAGGACAUUGAGGUGUCCAAGAUCUCGAAGCCCAAUGACAUUGAGGCCUUCCAGAUAGGCCCUGACUGGUUCUUUGUGAUCGCUGACAGCUCCAAAGCGGGCCUGUCCACCCUCUACAAAUGGAACAAUAAGGGCUUCUAUUCAUACCAGUCGCUGCAUGAGUGGUACCGCGACACGGAUGCAGAGUUCUUGGACUUGGAUGGGAAGGCCCACCUUAUUUUGGCAAGCCGCUCGCAGGUGCCUGUGAUCUACCAGUGGAGCCGGAGCAACCAGAAGUUUGUCCUGCAGGGCGAGAUCCCCAACAUGGAGGAUGUAGUAGCUGUGAAGCACUUCCGGAUCAAGGGGGAACUCUACCUGGCUUUGACACGCUACAUUGGAGACUCCAAAGUUCUACGCUGGGGUGCCAAACAGUUUGCAGAGAUCCAGGCUUUGCCCUCACGAGGCUCCAUGAUUCUGCAGCCGUUCUCUUUCAAAGAACGCAUCUACCUGGCCCUGGGAAGUGACUACACCUUCUCUCAGAUCUACCUGUGGGAUGAUGAAGAGAAACUCUUUGACCGCUUCAAGGAGGUUUACAUCCAGGCGCCGCGCUCCUUCACUGUGGUUCCCACUGACCGCAGGGACUUCAUCUUUGCCUCUAGCUUUAAGGGAAACACACAGAUCUUUGAGCACAUCAUCAUUGACUUGAGCUUGUGAAGAGCCUGUGCCUUAUUGCCCUUUCCACAAUCGAACAUCUUCCAAGACAAAAAUAUAUUUGUGGAGGAACAAGAGGGUUUUCUGAGCUGGGUCAAGUAGUGUUUGGAAUUUGUUGAGUUCCUAAAGGUGUCUCUACUAUUUAUCAAUGGUUUGUCCUUGUGUUCUCUCAGACUUUCACAGAUCUGAGUUUUUAAAAGGAGAAGAGGGGUUGGUAAAUGCAAAAAGCAGCUCCCCCUGAAAAUGCAGCUGACAUUCCUGAGGGUGUAAAGUUGAUCCAUUUGGAUGUAAAGAUUUGUGCAAUCCCCAAACGAUUUUAUACCCAUAAAGAAAGAACCAGAACUUCAGAGAAAUAAGAUGUUAUAAAUAUUGUUUUAUUCCUAUUUGGGACAUUUGAGGAUUGAACAGGUUUGGUUGCCACCUACCUCAUGCUCCGGUGGUGAUGGACAGGAUGUUGCCUUCUGGGUUUCAUGGACCCACAGUGCCUCCCGUUGGCCGUGACAAAGUAUCACACCCGCUUUUUUCACACAGGGAAUGUAAUGAAAGCACAAACCUUUAAUUAUCAUAGCAGAGAUCACAGUUGUUAGAGUGUAGUUUACUGGGUGAUAGAGAUGAUAACGAAUACAGUAAGAAAAAUACGUGGUUUUUGGGGGUGAAUUAUUCAGGACUGGAUAUAGUUUAAUGCUUUCUUAGACAAAUGAAUAUGAAUAGAAAAAAUCCCCAGUUAGAUACAAUUUUAGCUCAGAGGUACUCAAAGUGGCAAAGUAGACAUAAGGUGUGUUUAGGUAAUGUCAGGGAAAUUCCACCUACUUACAAGUUUGUAAAAAUAGCACCAGUUGUGGACUGCUAACUCUGUAACCUUUUUUUUAGGCUGUCACUAAGAAACAAAAUCUAUGUUAAUAUAUCCACUUCAUUUGGGAGACUUUUUCUGUCCGUCUUUCUGUUUCUUGAAAUGUUAACUCACAAGCAACAAAAUGUACAUAAAACAAGGACAGCAAUGCCACUACCUGUCUGUCAGUCAGAAAUCCAAACAGAUCUUUGCACUUACUUUAAAGUUAACAAAAUAAAUGUUACCGCAGCUUGCAAGAGCAUGACAUUCAAAAAAGGGUGUUUGCCAAAUUCUUUUAAGAUGAACCUAACAAAAUCAGAAUUCAAAAAGUAGAACUCCUUAUUAAGUGAAUGAUAUUGCAAUUUCAAAAAAAACAAAACAUAAGGGAAUUUUCAGGCUUUACAACGUGCAGAUUAUUUUCUAUUAUUUAGUUUUAAACGUGUUGAAUGUUAUUCUCAAAAUAUACUGGAAGUUUAAUUAGUUGUGUAUGAAAAUAAAUGUGUAAAUAUAUGAUUGUGAGGUGUGUUCUAUCGCGCAUUGAUCAUUAGGAU